UUGAGGCUUUUUCCCCGGCGCCUCCCUGCCGCCCCCCGGUCCCGGCGCGGGGCUCGGGGAUGCCCGCCAGCAUGUUCAGCAUCGACAACAUCCUGGCCGCCCGGCCGCGCUGCAAAGACUCGGUGCUGCCGGUGGCGCCCAGCGCCGCGGCUCCCGUCGUCUUCCCGGCCCUGCACGGGGACUCGCUCUACGGCGCCGGCGGCGGCGCCUCCUCGGACUAUGGCGCCUUCUAUCCGCGCCCGGUGGCCCCCGGCGGCGCAGGCCUCCCGGCCGCGGUCGGCGGCUCCCGCCUCGGCUACAACAACUACUUCUACGGGCAGCUGCACGUGCAGGCGGCGCCCGUGGGCCCGGCCUGCUGCGGGGCCGUGCCGCCGCUGGGUGCCCAGCAGUGCUCCUGCGUCCCGACGCCCCCAGGCUACGAGGGCCCCGGCUCGGUGCUAGUGUCCCCAGUGCCGCACCAGAUGCUGCCCUACAUGAACGUGGGCACCCUGUCGCGCACCGAGCUGCAACUCCUCAACCAGCUGCACUGCCGGCGGAAGCGGCGGCACCGCACCAUCUUCACGGACGAGCAGCUCGAAGCGCUGGAGAACCUCUUCCAGGAGACCAAGUACCCAGACGUGGGUACCCGCGAGCAGCUGGCCCGGAAGGUGCACCUCCGCGAGGAGAAAGUGGAGGUCUGGUUUAAAAAUCGCCGUGCCAAAUGGAGGCGGCAGAAGCGGUCCUCGUCGGAGGAGUCGGAAAACGCCGAGAAGUGGAACAAGACGUCGUCAAAGGCGUCGCCCGAGAAGAGGGAAGAGGAAGGUAAAAGCGAUUUGGACUCGGACAGCUGACGGCCGCGGGCCGGCUGUGGCUCUUGACUAACUCGAAGGACUUGCACAGACAGACGAUGCUACUUUCUUGCACACGCGCUGCCUUGCGGGAGGGGGCCGAGAAAGAGGAACGAGGAGCUGUAAAUAGUGUACAGAGCCCGGAGGGUUGGCGCCUGGGGUCGGGGGUGCGCAGGGGCUCGAGCCCCGAAGUCCAAGGCCGCCAGCGCCUCGCUCCCCACCGUAGUAUUUAUAGUUAAGUUAACGGUGACGAUACAAUAAAGUGAUGGCGAUGUAGUCGGGCCACAUUCUGUAUUUCAUACUCACCGCCCCCCACCCCCAUCUGAGGCCCAGAAAAGAAAUCUACGUAGUUUGUAGCUUCAAAAGAAAAAAUUGGG